AUGACGUACAUACCUUUAUCCAUGGCGAAGGUGGCUGUUUGGGCCCUCACUGUCACUACUGUUGUGGCUCUGAGCAUACCGCAGUCCAUCGCACACUCGAAACUGCUGACCAGAGCCGUUGACGUGAAGACCGAAUACGACUAUGUCAUUGUUGGGGGAGGUACGGCAGGAUUGACGGUUGCCGACAGACUCACAGAAGACGAAGAGCACAACUCAUCCUCCGUGAACACCGUCGCCGGUGGUGCCGCGGCCUUCCGCGACCCCUCUCACCUCUUCGCCUUCCCUUCCGUGCCUCAAGAGGGUCUCAACGGCCGCAAUUUCACCGUUUUUGGCGGUGUCAUGCUCGGUGGCUCCUCUGGCGUCAACGGUAUGCAAGUCCACCGCGGCCAGAAAGAGGACUACGACAGGUGGGGAGCUUACUUUGGCGACAACUCGGAAUGGAGCUGGGACGGCCUCUUGCCCUACUUUAAAAAGGCAUGGCACUUUCACCCGCCUACCCCUCAGCUGGCCGAACAGUUUGCUAUCAAGUACGACGAGAGCUUCUGGGGCGCUUCGGCGGACAUCCAUGCUUCUUUCCCGACAGUUCACUACCCGAUGCUCAAGACUGAAGUGGCUGCUUUCGGAGAGAUCGAAGGAGUCGAGUACCCGGCCGAUUCAGGAGCCGGUGAACCAGGAGUUUUCUGGUAUCCCACGUCCGCCGACCCGUCGACCAUGACCCGGUCGAUGUCGAGAAAUGGACACUGGGACGAAGUGGAAGCCGUCCGAGACAACUACGAGACAGUGACCGGUCAAAAGGUUCUCAAAGUACUCUUUGAAGCCGGGACGGCUGUCGGCGUGUCUUUCAUGGAUGCCAAGUCGACAACCGCCGAGGGUGCCCGAACGGUCAAGGCCAAGAAGGAAGUGAUCAUCGCCGCCGGAACGAUCCAUACGCCUCAGAUUCUCCAGAGGAGCGGCGUUGGAGGAAAGACUCUUCUGGAAGCUGCUGGCAUUGAUGUUGUGGUUGACCUUCCUGGGGUGGGACACAACUUCCAGGACCACCCCCUAGGACCGGGUGCUACAUUCUAUUACACAAAGUUCGACGUUCAUCCCGACCCGACGGAUCUUCAGACGAACCAAACUUUCAUCGACGAAGCUGAAGCAGAGUUUGAGGCGAAUCGCACAGGACCCCUGACGAUAGCAUCCGGGAACGCAGCCUGCUUCCUACCCCUCUCCGUCAUAGCCCCAGAAACAUUUGAGCAGAUUGCCUCACGUUACGAAUCCCAGGACCCGGCAGCUUACCUUCCAGAGGGCACCGAUUCAACCGUCAUCGCCGGCUACGCAGCCCAGCAGAAAGCCCUCGCCGAGGCGAUGCGCUCCCGCGGCGCUGCUUUCUACAACCUCUUCCUCCGCGGCGCCCAGACCGAGUCCUCCUUCGUCAACCUCCACCCCCUUUCCCGCGGCACCGUCGAGAUCGACCCCGCCGACCCCUUUUUCAAGGAGCCCGUGGUCGAUUACCGCGCCCUGAGCAACCCUGCUGAUAUUGACGUCCAGGUCGAGUUCAUCCGGUUCACGCGCAGGUACUUCCUCGAGACGAGCCUGGCGGAGUACGAGCCCGUCGAAAGGGCUCCCGGUGCCAACAUCACGAGCUUCGAGGGGUUGAGCCAGGCCAUCAGGGGACUGGUCAGCCCGACUACGUUCCAUCCCAUAGGCACCGCGGCCAUGCUGCCCAGGGAGCUUGGGGGCGUUGUUGAUCAGCAAUUGUUGGUGUAUGGGGUCAAGGGGCUGAGCGUCGUCGAUGCUAGUGUGCAGCCUGACUUGCCGGGCGCUUACACGCAGCAGACUGUGUAUGCGAUUGCUGAGAAGGCUGCGGAUCUGAUCAAGGCGCGAGCCUGA